GUUUGCCUAACUAAUAUAACUACGACUUUUUCAGUGACCAUUCCAUGUAAACUCUGCUUAGUGUUUCAUUUGUCAACAAUAUUGUCGUUACUCAUUAAAUCAAGGAAAAAUAUACAAUUGUAUAAUUUUCUUAUAUUUUAAAAUUAAUUUUGAUGUAUUACCCCUUUAUAAAUAGGCUAUCGCUACAACACCAAUAACUACACCCAAAAGAACAUCUUUCCUUCGAAUUUUCUUUCAAUUAACAUUUCUUUUACUUGUCUCCUUGUGUCUUCACUUCACAUCACAACAUGGCUUUGAAGACAGUUUUCGUAGCUUUUAUGAUUCUCCUUGCCAUCUAUUCGCAAACGACGUUUGGGGACGAUGUGAAGUGCGAGAAUCUGGAUGAAAACACGUGUGCCUUCGCGGUCUCGUCCACUGGAAAACGUUGCGUUUUGGAGAAGAGCAUGAAGAGGAGCGGGAUCGAGGUGUACACAUGUCGAUCAUCGGAGAUAGAAGCUAACAAGGUCACAAACAUUAUUGAAUCGGACGAGUGCAUUAAAGCGUGUGGUCUAGACCGGAAAGCUUUAGGUAUAUCUUCGGACGCAUUGUUGGAAUCUCAGUUCACACAUAAACUCUGCUCGGUUAAAUGCUUAAACCAAUGUCCUAACGUAGUCGAUCUCUACUUCAACCUUGCUGCUGGUGAAGGAGUGUAUUUACCAAAGCUAUGUGAAUCACAAGAAGGGAAGUCAAGAAGAGCAAUGUCGGAAAUUAGGAGCUCGGGAAUUGCAAUGGACACUCUUGCACCGGUUGGACCAGUCAUGUUGGGCGAGAUAGCACCUGAGCCGGCUACUUCAAUGGACAACAUGCCUUACGUGCCGGCACCUUCACCGUAUUAAUUAAGGCAAGGGAAAAUGGAGAGGACACGUAUGAUAUCAUGAGUUUUCGACGAGAAUAAUUAAGAGAUUUAUGUUUAGUUCGACGGUUUUAGUAUUACAUCGUUUAUUGCGUCCUUAUAUAUAUGUACUUCAUAAAAACACACCACGACACAUUAAGAGAUGGUGAAAGUAGGCUGCGUUCUGGUGUAACUUUUACACAAGUAACGUCUUAUAAUAUAUAUGAUUCGAAUAAAAUGUUGAGUUUUGGUGAAAAUAUAUAAUAUGUUUCUGUUUUUGGUUUUUAAUGUUUAAAUUAAAUUCAAAGAAAAAAAUAUCUUUUGUACAACAAGUGCAACAUUUUGUUUUAAGAAAUAAAGCUAAAAAUCAGUAGUUGAUGAACUCAAC